AUGCCGGUUCUCCACGCAAAAGCGGCUAUGUGGUCGCGCAAGCAGUCGGUGUGCAGUGCGGUGAGCGGUGCGUCAAAGGGUGAUGAAGCGGAACUGCCUCUGGGCAACGGAGUGCAACUGUACCCAUUUGCAAUAGCAUUAAGGGUACGGGUUUUGCAGAUCGUCUGUGGCAUUGGUGGUUUGGUCCUCGGAGCAGUAGGCUGGCUUGAAGAGAGACAAAAGCCGGCAUUGGGUCUUGGAGUACCAGCGGGAGCCAUCACUGUAUUAGCUGCAGCGACUUCAAUUUACUACAGCCGAGGUUUCGGCGGUUGGGUGUCCGCUCGUUCGAGAUCCUCGCAUCUGUGGGGUGCUCCAUGGCGAGCACUGGGACCCUCACCGUGUGCCGCAGUACCGUUGACAAUACUGUGGACACUGGCGAUAGGCGCUCACAUAGCCAUGCUGGCCUUCUGUAUUAGGUCUUUGAUGAACAUUGGAUGCGGCAGUACAACUUGCCUUGGUGUUGCUAGUGCACAGUUGUCGGUGUCCGUCAUGACUUUAGCUGCUGCAAUCUACAUGCUCCAACUGGACUUGAGAUUUGAUGCCUCCUUGUCACCUCCACCCAGGCAAUCUGACACGCAUGUAUGUACUGCUGUAUCAAUGGUACCUCUAACGUCAGUGGCAAUCAACAGCGGAAACAGUGAAUCCGCUGACCCUGGAGGUAGCCCAUCAUUAAAGGAAGGCAAAGAUAAAGAGCCUCCACCUCCAGAACAGCCUACCUGA